CAAAGCGAAGCCACACUCACGUGCAUGUAGUAAUAAUAAUAUGAUGAGGUCUAACAGACCUGCGAUACAGACUACGCGAGACAAGCAACAGCCUGUCCAGUUACCUUCCAGCGCGCUUCGAGAACCACCGAAGGUUUUCUGCUGCGCAUCCAGGGUUAAAAAGCACUUCGUCUGACAAAACAGAAGGAAGAAAAGCAAAAGACAACAUCGGAAAUAAUCUCUGAAACAAAACUGCUUUGUGAACGGCAGAAAGAAAGCAAGCAAGUCUGGACUAGAUACUAAAAUCAGACAUCAAGUGCGAAGAAAGAAGUUCGUAGAGCAAAAUGUUAAGUCUCACCUACUAAACUAUUACGAAAACCGGGGCACUUCUACAGAAACCUAAGUCCUGUUAACCAGUGCACCCUUUUCCUGUUACCCUUGCCUGGGUUUCCCAGCAGCUCCUGUACCCAACCGAAGAUGCCAGGUUUAUUGAACCGUUCUACCUGGGCUCCACUGUUGCUUAAAGCUUCAUGCAUCAAGUCCUGUGCCAACGGCUGCUCUCUGGGCAUCACUGCCCACCUUACCUAUCUUAACCCACAUUCCGAACCAGUGGAAGGCGUGUUUGUAUACCCUCUGCAAGAAACGGAAGUGGUAGUGGGAUUCGAGGCCGUGAUUGCUGGAAGGAUGGUGAGCGUGCAGAUUCAGAGCAGAGCCAAGGCUGAAGACUGCUGCCUGGACUGCUGCGCCAGCUCAGCUGUGGAGCCACAGUGCUCUAAUGGUAAGGACUGGAACUGCUGUGGCAGCUCCAGCCUGGACUUCCAGUGCACCAAUGGACACCUCGUCCUGGAUGAAGACUUGGAGCGAACCACUUUUAUUGUUGGCACGGGGGUGAUUGCUCCAAUGAACAUAGUAACUGUCAUCAUCAGCACCACCCUGGAACUCUCAACAUUGCACAAUGGAGCAAUCCAUCUCGUAUUCCCUUCAGUGUUCACUCCCAUUGUGACUAGAAUGGCUCAAACCAAGAACGAAACUGGGGGGCGGUGUGAUGAGAAUGGUCCUACCACCUGCUUUGGUGCUACAUCUGGGAAGCAGGAAAAGACUCCAGACUCUGACCCGCAGUGCAUCCAUGCCAUUUUCACCUGUCAGGCCUCGACUACACUGCCCUAUGAGCUGAACUUCGAAUUGCUGGUGAGGGGAGCUUGUCUGCUAGCAGGUCUGGAGAGCCCCACUCAUGCUCUGAGAGCUGAUGCAGACCCUAGCGCCCAGUCAGCCUCAGCUACAUACAUCACCCUUGCUGAGAAACACCCAUAUGACCGCCACCUGGAGAUUAUCCUUCACCUGAGUGAGCCCCACACCCCCCACGUUCUCCUGGAGAAGGGGCGACUGACCUUUGAGGAGUACGAGCACCAAAUCUGCUCCCGCCGCGAUUUCGUUCGCUGUGCCAGGAAAGAGGCAGAUCCGGAGAAGAAGCUGGAAUUCGUGAGAAAACGUUUCCACAAAGACAUCCUCUCCAACCCCGUCCUGAUGCUCAACUUCUGCCCAGAUCUCCUGAGUGUCCCAUAUGAUCUCCACCGGGCUACACGGGAGGUGCUGUUCAUCAUCGACCGUAGCGGCAGUAUGAGUGGGGCCAACAUCGACAGAAUCAAGGAAGCUAUGAUAGUGGCUAUUAAGAGUCUUCCUCCAGGGACCCUGUUGAAUAUUGUGGGCUUUGGUUCCACCAUCCAAACUCUUUUCUCUACCAGCAAGAUCUGCAAUGAUGACACUCUCUCCCAGGCAUGUGAGUAUGUACAGAAGAUGAGAGCCAGCAUGGGGGGGACCAAUAUUUUCGGGGCCCUGUCCUGGGUUUUCCGGCAGCCAGUCCACAAGGGCUACCCUCGCCAGCUCUUCAUCCUCACUGAUGGCUCGGUCAGCAGCGUGGGCAAAGUCAUUGAGCUGGUGAGGAGGCACGCCAGCACUGCCAGGUGCUUUGGUAUGGGGUUGGGCCCUCUAGCAUGUAGACGACUCCUCCAUGGGAUCGCCAAGGCGACAGGCGGCAGUACAGAGUUCUUGAGUGAAGAGGAGAGGCUGCAGCCCAAGCUGAUGAAGUCCCUGAAGAAGGCCUUUGAACCUGCAAUUACCGACAUUCGAAUUGACUGGUAUGUGCCAGAUAACAUGGAGGCACUUCUCUCGCCCAAUGAAAUUGCCCCGCUCUAUCCUGGUGACUGCUUGAUUGGCUACUGCACUCUGUAUGACGUAUCUUCCUUUCGAAGCAGGAAGGCUGGGUUGAAGGGUCAUGGAGCCAAGGGGCUAUCUCGGGGGUCGGUCAGUUCUGUAUUUGCUCAGUCUCAGGAUGAGCUCUCCACUCCCUCCACUGCAGAUAUCCGGCGCCCCUCUCCGGGGCCCUCCGAACGUUGUGACAUUGAGGAGGCCCUCAGAGAGAUCUCUCGAGAGAUUUCUUCUGAAUUUUCCUGUGCCAGGCCUACGGACACAGGCACAGGAGGGGAGAUGGAGUCAUCGAGCGAUGUCCGGAAGAGGAUCCUGCAGGCCUCAUACAUUCAGGAACAGUAUGUACUAACGCGAUGCUCCGUCAGCAGUGAGAGAGGCCUGCCUCAUGGCUCCUCGAGCAGUGAAUCUCCAGGUGCCCGUGACCUCGUCUUGGAAACAGGCUCUCUGCCCCAAGGUCUGGAAAAGGUGUCACAGCCAGAGCGGAAGAGCCUGUCACGGUGGGAGUCCCCUUGGAAACAGGCCCCCGCACCACCACGCAAUGAAUCCUCGAAUGGAAAGGCGGGGGCAGUGCCCAACUCGGAGGAGUCUCGCUGGAGGCAGAGGACGCUGGCACGCUCGGCCAUGUCGGGCCGCAGCUUCUCCUCUCCACAGGGCGAGCUGGACAUGCACCGGCUGCGGCGGGCGCUGGAGAAGGUGUCAUUCGACCAGACACUUGGCGGGAGGCUGGAGGAGAGCGACGGGGAGACGCAGCCUACGCCCCGGGGAGCUCUCUCCCGCAGGAGUCUCACCGACUCCAACAGCCUCCUGUUCCCUGCCUCCCCGCUGGACUGGGACUCCUUUACAGAUCCUGAGUAUCUCUUCACUGCGGCUCCUGCUGAGGAAACCCCUCCUCCUCUGACCCAGUGCCGUUCCAUCAUUCAAGGCCUUUUGGCUGGCAAGCCAGUGUCCUGGGAAGUGAAGGUCAACCUGGAGCUGUUGCUGGUUCCACAGGGGCCUGGCAGCAGAACGGAUGGCUGGGAGGAGAUGAUGCAUCAGCUGACUGCUCGUUCUGUCAUCCGGGACUUUGAGAACAUGGCUGAGAGGGAGUCAGACAUUGAGCACGGGCCAGCUAAGAGAUAUCGUACGAAAGCCAUUCAAACAAGCAAGGGCUGUAACACCAUCAGCAUGUACACAGCCUUCACAGUUGUUGACGCCAGCACUAACGAGGGCUUGGUAGGCUCUUUGGAAGUGCGAAAUGCAGGGGUGCGUUUUGGGACUCACAGGAGCUCCCACUCAAGCAGUCGGCGGCAGAGGACAUACUCUAUGGGGCUGGGCCGCAGACCUUCCAGCCACGACUCGGAGGAGUUUGAAGACACAUUCUUGUCCACAGUGUCCUCCAGAGAAAACACUCCACAUUGUCUGUCUGCUGAGACAGAGAGAUCCUCUGAAGCAGAGACUAUCGACUACCUGCCUCUGGUGCGCCUGCAGCUGGCAUCGGGGGCGUUCCUCCUCACCGAUCUGUACUCGGAGUACGUUCAGAUCCCCCUGGAGCGCCUGAAGAGAGCCUCCCCCUUCUCCAGCCACCGCAGCAGCCUGAGCCCCCCAUCCCGCUGCACCUCCCCCCGCACCCCUGCCAAGCCCGCGGCCCCUCACGCCCCGGAAGCCGAGCCGGGACCCAGCCGGGAGCGUUUCUCCGAGGGGGACCCAAUGAACGCCCUCCUGGACUGCCUGCGCUCAGACGGGGUGUGUUCCGACCCGGGCGGGGGGUUCCAGCAGGCGGACAGCGGGCGAGGGUCCGAGACAGACAUGUUCGAGGGCUCACCCGUGCAGUCCGAGGCCGGAGGGGCCAGUCUGGAGCCCUCAGGGGAGCAGCUGGCUCAGCAGGACCUGCAGAGCUCCAGCUGGGCGACCGCGGUGGCGCUGGCCUGGCUGGAGCACCAGUGCGCGGGGUUCUUUGUGGAGUGGGAGCUCAUUGCUGCCAAGGCCGACUCCUGGCUGCGGGCCCAGCAGCUACCCGAGGGCAUAGAUCUGGCGGGCUUAAAAGGGGCGGCCCGGCAGCUGUUUCUGCUACUGCGCCACUGGGAUGAGAACAUCAAACUCAACAUGCUGUGCUACAAUCCCAACAACGUUUGAAUCCAAGGGAUAAAGACUGGGAUUACUCGAAUCAAUACAAUCCUAUUCCAAGUGGUUCACCACUAAUAAUAGUACACCAUUCAGUGUGCAUUAAGAACUACCUUUAUAAGCAAAUGUAAAUAUCUGAUUUGGCCAUUUUGAUUUCUUGACAAUGUUCCUUCCCUGUUGGCAGCUCCAUUUUUUUUAAGAGUUAAAGCUUUUCUUAAGACUUUUGUGUUUUUGAAAAGCUAUAAACGAUAAUUUUACCUGCUUUGCCGAUUGGCAGUUUUUAUUUAAAAUGGAACACAAAUUCAAACGAUUUUCUGCAUUUAUCUGCCAUUUAAACAGGGUAAUCACUUCUUGUCAAUAAAUCUGAAAUGACAUAAAAUUUGCUUAUUUAGAUAAUUGUAUGGCAGUGAGAGGUGUGCGUGGUACUCUGUUCCUGACAACAGUGGAUCAUAAGAAUCUGACAGCUCUGUGACCUGACUCACUGCUGUUCAGGUUACUUGAAGGCUUUCUGUAAUGGGUUUGGAGGAAGGAGGCCAAAUCUUAUAACCGGAAACGUGCUGCAUGCACUCUGGUUUUACAAGAGAAAAGGAUGCUUUAUUACCCAAGGUGCCAACAUGAUAAACCAAAUAGUUUUUACUCAGUUUCUCACUGCAAGGUUUAAAGAAUAAAAAUGGCUUAUGCAUAAAUGUGUUGUGAAUGUACGUGAAAAUCAGUAUAUACUUCCAAAUUGAAAACAUGUUUAGAAAGAAUAGUUUUAUUUUCUUUUAUUUUUAAGAUGUGGUGUGUAUGGAAUGAAAUAGUACUCUGAAUCAAUUUUACUGUUAAAUUCUGUACAGCAUAUUCAGAAAUAAAAUAAAUGAACAGAACUCAUUUCUGUUUGAAACAAACCAACCUUCAAAAAGGUCACAAGAGUUUCUUUCACCCAUCAUGUACAGGUUCCUAAAUAAGAAAACUUGUUUUCCAACGAUAAUUGGACACUAAUAUUACAAAAAGGCAAUAUAUAUAGCUAUGUGCUAUGGAAAACUAAACUUGACCCAAUUCCCCCUCUGCAAAUGUCAAGCAUGCACACUUCACCAAUAAUCCUAAACAUAGAAUUUUAUUUAGUUUAAAUCCCCAUUUAACACAACUCAGUCAAACCAAUAAGGAUUCUCAAUGUUUUCUGAAGAAUCCCAAUUUAAACAAAAUCAAACAGAUACAUAUAAUGAAUAUAAAUACUUCGAGUCUUAAUGAAAUGCUAAAGCACAACUGCAGGUCAUCUGAAAAAUCAUAAUCAUUAUUAGAGCAGGUCGACUGUAUAAGAAUUGAUCAAUUUUACAUACAGGCUAGAAUUAGGGUUACACAUUUCCUUCUUCUGGGGGCCUUCUAGAUCUUUUUCCGCCCCUGGUUGGCACCUUUGUCACAGGAUAUUAAUGCUGAAGACAACACUGGAAGCUGUCAUAAUUUUGAGAAACGAAUAAUAUUCAAAAUACAGACAACUGUUAAGAAUAAUCCCUUGUAUAUUCAGUUCCAUUCACAUAUCUGGAGAUAUGAAUAAUUAAGAAAAACCCCUUUUCUGCCCCCAGUACAUGCCAAAAAAUACUGUAUAAAGUUAAAAACGCAUGUGAGCUAUUCCAAUAAACACGCAUGGCAGGUUGUACGUACCCAUUGUGUCAUUUUUAAAGUAUAAAAACACAACCAAAUGCACAUACCUGAUUUUUUCAGAAUAAUGAAUCAAGUGACCAAUGGAGCAAGCUCUAAUAAAGAAGAAAACUUUAAAAGAUGUUUCAAGGUACAGCAUUAUUAACUGGUAUUUUAACAUGAGCGCCUUUCUGAAACAAACAAGACCUAUUUACUGCUUUCCUAAAAAAA